AUGUAUAGCCUUCUCGGUCCUGCUCUGUUUGGGUCUCUCGUUGCGGCCCAUGGUCACGUCACCAACAUCGUUAUUAACGGUGUCUCCUUUGACGGAUGGGACAUAAACAGUGACCCUUAUGCGGAAACCCCUCCAGUCGUGGUGGCUUGGGGUACACCAAACACUGCCAAUGGCUUCAUUGCUCCGGAUGCCUACGAAACUUCGGAUAUUAUCUGCCACCUCGAUGCUACUAAUGCCAGGGGGCACGCGGUCGUAGCUGCCGGUGACCGAGUCUUCCUUCAGUGGACCCCGGAUUGGCCAGUAUCGCAUCAUGGCCCGAUCGUUGAUUACCUCGCUAGUUGUGGCGCGAGCGGCUGUGAAACUGUGGAUAAAACCACCCUUGAGUUCUUCAAGAUCGACGGUGUCGGACUGGUGGAUGGAACAACUGUCCCUGGCUUUUGGGCCGAUGAUCAGCUCAUAGCCCAGGACUCGGGAUGGAUGGUCGAGAUUCCUUCUAGUAUCGCACCCGGGCAUUAUGUCUUGAGACAUGAAAUGAUUGCACUCCAUGGUGCAGGCACUGAGGGUGGAACCCAGAACUAUCCCCAGUGCUUCAACCUACAAAUCACCGGCUCAGGGUCAGACAAACCGUCAGGUGUCUUGGGCACUGAUCUAUACCGUCCAACUGAUCCUGGCAUCCUUGUGAACAUUUACACAUCUCUGUCAACAUAUAUUGUCCCGGGACCAACUCUUUACAGUGGUGCUGUCUCAAUCACUCAAACCACUUCGGCAAUUACUGCUUCUGGCACGCCAGUGACAGGGACAGGUGGUGCUACCGGCGACAGCACUACAACCACAACCUCCAAGGCCUCCACCACGACACUAGUGACUACCACCAACGCUGCCACCACUACCACGGUUGGACAGGAGCAACUGCAUGUGCGUCGCCAGCAGCCUGUUCUUCGUUGA